CUUCAAUAAGUACAGCCUUUUUCAUUUUCUCUUUUAAUGAACUCCCGCUUUUUCCUUUUUGCAGUCCUUUCUGAGCUCAUCAUCAUAAAUAAAUUUAUAAGAAAACCAACUGAAACCCCCAACCGCACGCGCCCCCACUUUCUCUGCCAAAUUCUCAGCCCAAACUGAAAAGGAGGCCCUAAAACCACUACAAUCUCUCUUGUAUGUUUCCGCGUGCAAUCCUCCCAUCAAUGGCGGCCAACCACUACAAUCCCACCGCCCAUGGCGCGAAUUCGUCUGCUCCAGCGCAAGAACCCGACGACAUUUCGCUUUUCCUUCAGCAAAUUAUCCUCCGAUCUGCUUCCUCGUCGUCGCAGCCUGCUGAAACGCGCCGCCCUUCUUUCGCCGCGCCGUCGGAUGAUCUUCUGGCUGGGAACGGAGGAUCCGUGACAGGUCUUGGUCAGAUCCACGUGCCAGACCACCGCCGGCCGGUGCUGAACUCGUCUUCUGGGUUUUGUUUCGCGUCGCCUUCGUCCGCUGGAAAGCUGGACAGUGAGGCGGAUGAGUAUGAUUACGAGAGUGAGGAGGUUAUAGAAGCAGUGGUGGAAGAGACAGUGCCAAAACCAGCUCAAAGGAGUUCUUCUAAGAGGAGCCGAGCAGCUGAAGUACAUAAUCUAUCAGAAAAGAUCAUGGGAUGUGUUUGCCAGAGGAGAAGAAGCAGGAUUAAUGAGAAGAUGAAGGCAUUGCAAAAUCUGAUCCCAAAUUCAAACAAGACGGAUAAAGCUUCCAUGCUAGAUGAGGCUAUCGAGUACCUCAAGCAGCUCCAGCUCCAAGUGCAGGCAAGUGGAAAACUGUUAUGUGAAAUAUAUCUCACAGCCCUUAUGUUGACAAUGAGAAAUGGAUUGAGCCUUUAUCCUAUUUGCAUGCCGGAGAUAGUGCAGCCUAACCAAAUGUCUCAGAUGAGGAUGAACACGUAUGAUACAGACAAACUCUCGAGUCUACAAAUGUCAAAAUCUAUUUCUAUGGAUCAACAUAUGCAGGCAGAUAAACUACUCAGCGUGCAAGAAAAAUGCGUUAUUGAGGCACCUGCAACUGAUUUCUCAAGUAUAAUUAAUUCAAAAGCUUCAUUCCAAGUUGAGUCAUCUCAUUUUGGUACCUUUCAACACUCCAAACCCUACGAAGAAACUUGUGAGGAGAAAGUUCAGCUUGGUGUACCACUUGAUGAUGACCGUCAUCAACAUAACUUGACAGGGUCGAAAGUAACAUCUUCAGUCCCUUCUGCAGCAAACUUGCCGAAUUCGAAAGAAAAUACUUUAGAAGCAUGCCUACCUGGCGGAGAUCACAUACUGCAAAACUUUGUCAAUCACCCGAUCUUCUCGUCACAUUUGGACAUAUGACUUCUUUGCAAAGGCAUGCCGGUUAAUGACUCAACAUCAAGUUUCGAACUUUUUAGUUUCACUACCCUCGCUCUAUAUAUAUAUAUAUACAUAUUUAGGUAGCCAGAGUUGAUAUUCUUAUCCGACCGCUUGCAGUCAUUGCAUGCAUGACGAAAAGCAGUUGACAUUUUGUUAUUUAUGUGAUGUUGCCGAGCAGCAAAAAGGUUUAAUGAUCGAGUGUUGUUAAUGUUAUUAGGAAAUGGUAUUUAAGGUGUGUGGAAUUACAAGUUUUGAGACGUCUGGUUGAUAAGAUAUGUAAUUGUGGGUAAUGUAAUUCAAAUUUUAACUGGAUUUGAUUUAGAUUUGAGCUAUAUAUAAAUCUUGUCGAGAAGAUUUGAGAGAGUCAUGAGCAUAUUUUAUCUGUACGUACAGAUUUAUAUCAACGUGUUCGGAGGUGCAGAGCCAGCUGAACG